GUCACAGUCCUUCCUUCCCUUCAUCAGCAUAUGGCCCACAGCUCAGUGGCACACACCAGGGCUCUCUAUCUCGCGCUCCACCUCUGACUGACCUGUGGGCCCGUGCUGUCAUUCCAAUCUCGCUCCUCCUCUUUUCCCACUGCCUCCGCCGCUCUCCGCCCUCCGCCUCCGCCGCCGGAGAAGAGAACCCUCUCCACCUGCACUUGCCGCCGCGCGGCCCGCGCGCACCGGAAGGCCUUGCCGAAGCGGGAAGCCAUGGUCGCCGCCGUGCUUGCCGCCGACAAAAGGUUGGGGCCGUCUGCUGCUAAGAGUACCAGCGCGAGGGUUCCUGGGGUGAUCCCUAAGCCCAUCGAUCUGCCAAGCCAAAGGGGAACGGCCACACAGGGUGAUAAAUCGAUGCCUCCAGCAUCAAAUGCAUGGGGUUCUCCUUCGGUUAUGUAUCCCAAGAAUGGUGGUGGUUCUGAUUUAUUCAGUCACAUUAGCGACCGCCCUUCUUCUAGAGGAAGCUCGACUACAUCAACAAUUGGAAGUGACUUCCUUGACAUACCUAGUUUACGGGGUCCAAAAUCAAGUCAUUCAUCAGUAUCACAUGUAUUACCACCAAAUCAUUUGCCAACUGCUGCAAAUCGUCUUCAAAGCACAGUGACAAUAGCAAGAAGCUCGCGACCUUCUCGCUUUCCAGAUUCUUUCACUCAAAUUCUGAAAGCACCAUUAAGAACUAAUAACAGAAAACGGGGGCUUAAAAUGCCUGAGAAGGGGUUCACCCUAAUUAUGGAUGAUUUCCCAGUACUUGGCUCUGUGAACUCCGAAUCAAACACUCGACGAGGCCAUAAUCUGCAAGGGAGAUCAACUUUUGGUUCUGGUACUCAGAUAGCACAAGAUGAACAAAGAAAGAUCCAUCUUACUGGAGUCGGCGAAGUAAUUUCAUCUUCUAAUUAUGAGCAUGAACAUGACUUAAGAACAGACUAUGUCAAUGAAGGAGAUGCUCAGGUUACUGCUGCAAUCUUACCAUGGGGGGCCAAGCAUGCUCAACAACAUGGUACAAAUGCCCCUAAGCAAAGUGUGCCUCCACCAUGGUUCAAUUACUGGCAUCCUCCUCCUGAUCAUCCUCCAGAUGGAAAUGAAAUGCUGCAUGAAGGGGCAACAGCAUAUGGUUCAGACAAGCCUGCAGACCCUCAUAUGAUUUGCUCUGUUGAACCACUUGCUUAUUAUGGUCAGUUUCUACUCAACCAGGAGGCAGCACCAAUGCAGGAUCCAGGAUAUAGUGGUUAUAUAUCAGACAACCAGGAUGGAUAUCACUGUGACAUGGAAGCUGAUGCUCUUGUCAUAAUUCAACCUCACAUUCUUGGGAAGGUCAAGCAUGGUCAUUCAGAGGGACUUCAGAAGCAACCUCUCAUCAAGAAGGAUGUAGCUCUACUGGAGAAGAUAAAGUGUCUAAACAUCAAAGCUAGAAAACUUCGUGCCUGUAAGAUCUCUGAACUAUCGCCAUCGAAGGAAUCCAUGAUUGAACGUUCAAAAAACACAGAUGAAAAGGCUGAUCAUGUGAAAAAGGAUGUUCUCUUCAGUUCUAUCACCAGUGAUACUAUGUCUGCCUUUGACAGCGCUAGUUCUUUUUCUGAGAGUAGCGAUUUUGUGCCAAGUAAUUCCGCAAAUGUGCCUGGUAGUGCAACUAUUACUAGCUCAUCAGAACUAGAAGCUACCGAAUUUAGGAAAGCUGGAGAGCCUGGUAAAUUAGGUGACCAUGAUGCAUAUGGAAGAGUAAGUACUUCAAGAAGCAGGCACGGUGGUUCUGCCAAGAACAUGUCAUCAAAUAUUUCUGAAAAUGGAUGGGAAGAGCACUCUACAGUUGACUCUCUGCAAGUUGUUAUGGCAAAUGCUCAACAAGACAAAUCUUUUUCCAGGAAUCUAUCACUGCAGGUGCAUGUGGCUGCUGUUGAUGAGAUGCUAAAUCUGCUUGAUAAUGAAAUCCAACUGCAUUCAAGAACAAGAGAGUUGUCUGCCCAUCAUGCAAAACAGGUACUGGAGGAUCAGGACUGGAAUAGCCAACAGAAGGCAAAAUCCAUUACAGAACUGGAUGAAUUGAUAAGGCAUUCACCAGAACAGAGUCAGAAGACAAAUGAUGCGCCCUUGGAAGAAGAUAAUCUUCAUCUGAGACAGAAAGAUGGCAGCCAUGGAACUACUACGUAUUGUAUUGCCUCUGAGAGUUUCAAUGCACCUUUGCCAGCAAACAGAGUUAAUCAUAUUACAGAUUCUAUCAGCUUUAUUCCAGCAUCAAAUACCACAGGUAUUAGUAAAGACCCUGUGAUUCAUAAGGUCAUAUCUCCAGCAAAGAACACAGAGAUUAACAUGAUGGAAACUGCUCCUAAAAGUACCUCACAGUCACAAGGCAACAGUGCUCCAAAGCAUUGGAAGAUUGACAAUAGGCAAAGGCAUGUUGAGUCAUGGGAGAGAAUUACAAUUGAGAGGUCAAAUAUCGCUGAAAACGCGGAAUAUGCUAAAAAUAUUGCUGAGACUCCUACAGAUGCACCGAGUGCUGAAGCUCAAUGUCAUGAAGACCUCUCAACCGUAGACAAGAAUAGCUGGAGAGAUGCUUCUGCAGCUACUACUGCAUCACAACCUGUCUUUGAUAAGAAGAAUGCAACAAAAGUCCCUAGUGCGCAUAAAACUCUUUCAGGUGUUGUCAUCAGCAAUUCUAUGAUUCCUGUUACUUCUGUUUCAGGUCUUACUGUGGGAAGUAUAAUGCUUGGGGAUAUUUCAUUCAUAUCAGUGAACCAGGUGGGGGCUACAGCUGCCAGGGUAAUACAUGAUACCAAAAAUACCCACUCAAGGACGACUACAAUUCAGCAGCCAAGCAAGAAAGAACAGCCUGAGGAAGGUGCUCUGAACAACAUGGCAGUAGCUGCUCCCACCCUGCUAUCUGGAAAUCACAGCAUUGUUCAGGAUACUGCCAUGAUAGCAGAAUGGUCUGAAAUGGAGAAGCAUAAGUCUGUAGAAAAAGAGCAGCUGAACCAGUGGAAUCUGGGGAAAAUGUUACCAGCACAAAGUCAUAGAGCAUCUUAUGGUAAUCCAGGAACAUUCAAUUUUGGGGCUGAGAGUCGUGCUAACAAAGCACUUUAUAAUUUCACUGCUGAUAAAGUUGAGCCCACAACUAAGCUUGAUAAAUGGUUGGAUAGGGAAUCUAGCUGGGUUCAAGUGAAGACUGGUCAACAGUAUACUGAUGGAUCGGCUUCACUGAUGCAACAUCUUACUGAACAAGUAGACAAAAUUGAUCAGUGGCAAUCACCUGAACCUGAUAAGCAAGUAAAGAGGCAAUUCGAGUUCAAGACCCACGAUGGUUCUGACAGCCGUUUGGAGCCAGUUCGCACAGUUCCCUUGCCUGUGAAUAAUUGGGAAAUGCGUCAUGCAAGUUACAGCCAAAAGCAAAACCAUGUUGAGGGUCAAAGAAAUGUUAGGACUAGUGAUGCCACAAACAUCUACGAGGGGAGAGACAGGACACGUGCAUUCUAUGAGGUUCCAUCUUUGUCUAAAUCCUUCUCCGAUGCACUGAACAAAUCACAAGGCACUGUUGUUUCUGAGUGGAUGCAGGAUCCCUACCAAGGAGUAUAUAACAUGGAUAACUCCCGGGGCUUUGAUAGUGCUUUUGUAGACAGCAGCUGUAACGAACUGAUCCAGAAUGUUGAUGGAGACAGUGAAAUGGAUCUUUACAGCGAGCAAUUCAAAGAACAAGUGAAAUUUGAAGAUGGACACCUUCUGAUAUGGAAUCCAAGAGAAUGGGAGUACCAACUUCCAUCACCACCUCCCCAUGGUCAGCACAGUGGGAGUGAAAUGGAACUUUGCAGUGACCAAAUUGAAGGAGACAUGAUUUGGGAAGAUGGUCACCCUUUGAUAUGGAAUCCAAGAGAUUGGGAGUACCAACCACUCAAUCUAGAACCACAUCACCAUGGCCAUGGUCAGCACAAGGAGAGUGAAAUGGUUCUUCUUUACAGUGAGCAAUUCGAAGAAGACAUGGUACAGGAGGAUGGAAAACCUUUGAUAUCGAAUCCAGAAGAUUGGGAAUACAAGCAGCUCAAUCCAGAACUAAAUCAACAUGACCAUGCACACAGGGGGAGUGAAAUGGUUCUUUACAGCGAGCAAAUGGAAGAGGAUGUGAUAUGGGAGGAUGGGCACCCUUUGAUAUGGAAUCCAAUAGAUUGGGAGUACCAACCGCUCAAUCCAGAAACACAUCAACAUGACCAUGGUCAGCCAAUGGGGAGUGAAAUGGUUCUUUACAGCGACCAAAUCGAAGGAAACGUGAUAUGGGAGGAUGGACACCCUUUGAUAUGGAAUCCAACAGAUUGGGAGUACCAGACGCUCAAUCCAGAACCACAUCACCUUGACCAUGGUCAGCACAGGGGGAGCGAAACUGAUCUUUACAGCGAUCAAGUCGAAGGAGACGUGAUAUGGGAGGAUGGGUGCACUUUGAUAUGGAAUCCAACAGAUUGGGAAUACCAACCGCUCAAUCCGGCACCACAUCACCAUGACCAACACAGUGGGAGAUAUCACAGAGGCGGUGACACGUACUCGGAAUGGGGUUAUGAUGCUGGGGAGCCAACUUAUGGCGCGAACGAAGGGAGACGAAAGGGUGGCAUACAUUCAGAGUACCAGUCGAAGCCAGUAGGAUCGUCUGAUGUUGCCCCAGAUAUCCAGCGGAAUGCAGGUGCUGAUGAUCAGAGCAGGCGGCAUCCAGCUUCAGGAGCAGCGUACAGGGAGCGCAGGAAGAGGACAGAUGGAAGCUUCAAUGCGUUGGCAUCAACAUCUCCAUUGAAGCCAACAUCGGAGGAAAAGAACAAAUAAGAGAAAGCAAAAUAAAAAGGCAACACGUAAGUAACAACAUGUCUAUCUCGGAAGGCAACACCAUGGUCAAUAGGAACUCUCUUCAGUAGCUGCAAGUUGUAUUUUGCAAAGUUGGCUAAACAGUACUGUGUAUUUGGGUACUGCCACAUCAAUGGCUACAACUUUGGUUUGUUAA